GAACCGACCUGGGCACACCUACCACGGCGGGCAUGUGUCGGACCCUGUUGGCCGAGUUGUAGCCAUGUAUAAGGCUUCAUCCAUGAUAGCACUUUCUGCGGAAACGGAAAGGACACCGUCGUGAGCAAAGAUGAGUGGCCUCAGAUCAGUAACGAGCCUUAGUAGGCAAUCCAAUUCGGUGCUGCGCCAGGCGUCGUCGUACCGGGGCCUCUCCCGCCUAUCGCCGGCCGCCUCCACAUUCCCGGCACUGGCACAGCACAAGCCAUGGCCAGCAGCGGCCCUCACUAGCGGAACCAUGGCCGGCAGCUGGGUCGGACCUAGACGUUGCUUCGCCUCCGAGUCGGACGGCAAGGAGCUUGGCAAGACACCGCUUUACCACCUCCACGUCACGCACGGGGCCAAGAUGGUGCCGUUCGGCGGCUUCCACAUGCCGGUGCAGUACUCCAGCAAGUCGGUGAGCGCGUCGCACCACUUCACGCGCGAGCGGGCGUCGCUGUUCGACGUUAGCCACAUGGUGCAGCGGCGCUUUAGCGGCAGGGGGGCCGCCGCCUUCCUCGAGCUCGUGACGCCGUCGGGCAUCGCCGACCUCGCGGUCCACCACAGCACGCUCACGACGCUGCUGCACCGCGGCACGGGCGGCAUCGUCGACGACUGCAUCGUCACCCGCCUCGACGACCACCUCUUCUACGUCGUCACCAACGCCGCCUGCCGCGACAAAGACGACGCCUACUUUGCGAAGGAGCUAGCCGCCUGGGCCAAGUCCCACUCGGGCGCCGCCGCGACCGCGGUGGAGCAUGAGAUCCUAGCGUACCGCGGCCUGGUGGCGCUGCAGGGACCCCUGAGCGCCGAGAUCCUGACGGGGAUACUGGCCGAGCCGGCCGAGGUGGACGUGCCGUCGUUGCACUUUGGCACGUCGCGCUUCGGCCAGGUCCGGCUGCUGGGCAUGGAGGUGUCGAGCCCCUUGCUCAUCAGCCGCGGCGGCUACACGGGCGAGGACGGGUUCGAGAUCUCGAUCCCGGCAGACGAGACGACACCCGUGGUCGAGGCCCUCCUGGCCUGGGCGGGCCCGGACAGGCUCGCGCUGGCGGGGCUGGGCGCCCGCGACAGCCUGCGGCUCGAGGCCGGCAUGUGCCUGUACGGCCACGACCUCGACGACUCGACCACGCCCGUCGAGGCCGGCCUGGCCUGGGUCAUCCCCAAGGCGCGCCGCCGCGCCGACGCCGGGUUCCACGGCGCCGAGGUCGUGGUGCCGUCGCUCACGCUCAAGAGUAAAGGGGGCGCCGGCGUGGAGCGCCGGAGGGUGGGGCUGGUGGUUGAGGGCGCGCCGGCGCGCGAGGGGGCCGAGAUCGUCGGCGGCGAGGACGGCGGGGAAAAGCUCGGGGUGGUGACGAGCGGGUGCCCCAGCCCGACGCUGGGCAAGAAUAUCGCCAUGGGCUACAUCAAGGACGGGUUCCACAAGGCCGGCACCGAGGUGGCCGUGCUCGUCAGGGGCAAGCCGCGCAAGGCCGUCGUCACCAAGAUGCCCUUCGUGCCCACCAAGUACUGGAAGGGUUCGGCGCCGGCUUAGACGGUGCCAAAUCUAUGUGGGGGUAUUGCAGCCGGGAGGUCGGUACGAGAUGGACAUCUUGAGACUUCUUAGAUGGGAGCUACAGGUCACCCUUCAUACACUGCAGUAAUGAGACGAUCAUGGGAACCUCGACGACGCGACGCGGCAUUUAGAGGAAUCAAGUCAACUGAUCACCUCCUCUCCAGCAUGUGAUAGAAGGCGUAGGUGCCCGGUCUUAAACAUGCAAUGCCUUCCCGCGUGCUCCUGCUGCCGCGGUCACGCCAAAGAAACCUGUAGUCCGGGCUGGCCGCGAAACGAGAACAGGGACCGCGGGGUUUGGUUUGUUGCCGUAUUUUCCAUGGGAAGCCAUCAUGCACAACUGCUUCCGACCUCCCUCAAACUUAACGGCAUUGUUUUUUUUCAUCUUGCAACUGUAAUCUCCGUCAACCGUGCGAAUCAAGCGGCCGGGACAUGGUGUAUUUUUCACCGACUUCUUGGAGACGUGCGUUGCUUGUGUUGUGUGGAAAAUGGAAGCAGAA